CGCCCCCUCUCCCUCCCUCCCUCCCGCUCUUUGUCUCCCCGCGCCGGCCUCCCUGCCACGCGCCCCCCGCACCGCCCCUUCCCGGGAGACCCCAGCGGACCCCAGCGGACGCCACGCGACGCGACGCGUGUGGGCCUUCCCGGCUGGGGGCCUGCGUCCGGCGGGUGGCGGGUCGGGGAGGUGGUUCCCUCCCUCUCUCCCUCCCCCCUCCCUCGCUCACACGCACACACACAAACACGCGCACACACACGCGUACACGCGCGCGCGCACGGAGCAUCCUCCCGUCAGGGCUCUGGUCCAGCCCCGCCCGCGCCUCCCGCUCCCCGCAAACCCUCUCCUCCCCUCUCGCUCCCCCCAUCCGUUCCGGCUCCCGGACCCUCGGCGCCCGCUCCCGCGCCCGCCCCUCUCCCGGGAUGGAGCGGCUCGAGCCCGCCCGCAGCCCCCCGCGGCCGGGGUGACGGCCCCCCGCCCCUCCCCGCCUGGCCCGCGCCCCGAGCACCAUGGGCCUGAGGGGCUCCCGCGGCGCAGGACGCUGAAGAUGAUUGAUGCUGGAGCUCUCUCGAGUCAUGGCUUCUUCAAAGCUACGAGAACCUGCGGAUGAGGUUUUUGACCUGGACUUGGCUGUGCCAGAGACCGUCAGACUGGACAGCAGUUUACACAAGGCCCGAGCCCAACUACUGGCCAAGGGCCGGAGACACCGGCCCUCCCGCUCCAGGCUUCGGGACAGCGCCAGUUCUGCAGAGGAUGGUGAAGGCUCUGAUGGGCCAGGAGGCAAGGUGACCGACGGAUGCGGGAGCCCCCUGCACCGGCUGCGCUCACCUCUGCACUCGGGCCCAGGGUCCCCGGCCGGGGGCUCUUUCUGCCUGGAGCCUCCGGGGUUGCGGCGCAGCCUGGACGAAGACGAGCCUCCGCCCUCGCCGCUCACACGCUACCGGCCCCUGCACAACGCCGCCUCGCACGAGGGCCUGGCCGCCGCCUCCUGCUCGCCGCCCCGCUCCGCGCCCUCCUCCGACAGCUCGCCCAGCUUCGUGCGCCGCCACCCGCGCGCAGAGCCCCACAGCGAAGAUGACAGCCGGGAUGCCAGCCCACCUGAGCCUGCCAGCCCCACCAUCGGUCUGGAUAAGAAGACUCGCCGAAAGUUCCUGGACCUGGGGGUCACCUUACGCCGAGCAUCCACUAGCAAGAGCCGGAAGGACAAGGGCAGCAACCGUUUGUCCAUGGGCAGCAGGGAAUCAGUGGAGGGGUCCAGCAGGUCAGGGGGCUCCCCGUUCCUGCCCUUUUCCUGGUUCACAGACAGUGGCAAGGGCUCGGCAUCCUCUGGCAGCACCACCUCGCCCGCCUGCUCCCCUAAACAUGAGGGCUUCAGCCCUAAGAAGUCAGCUUCUCAGGAAUCCACCCUGAGUGAUGACUCCACGCCCCCUAGCAGCAGCCCCAAGAUCCCCAGUGGUCCCCGGCAGGAGACCAAGUGCUCCUACCCCUACCACACACUGUCCCAGUCUUCGGAUGAGUUCCUGGACGAACCUCUCCCCACCGUCCACCACUGGACCAGCCAGCAGGUGGGCCAAUGGCUGCACAGCCUCAACCUGGAGCAGUAUGUCGCUGAGUUCGCUGCGCGACAGGUGGACGGGCCCCAGCUCCUGCAGCUGGAUGGAAGCAAACUGAAGAGCCUGGGGCUCAGCAACUCACAUGACCGGACGCUAGUGAAGCGGAAGGUAAAGGAGCUGGCAGCCGCCGCUGAGAAGGAGCGCAAGGCCCGGGAGAAGGCUGCACGGCAGCGGGAGAAGCUCCGGCGCCGGGAGCAGGAGGCCAAGAAGAGCUAGGGGAGGGCGGGGGGCAGGCACUGGCACCCAGGCGCUGGUGGCCGCCGGGCUCGGUGGGCACAGGCCUCAGCGGGGAGGCGAGGCCUGGGCGCCAAGCUUGGGCUGGCCGGGCCCCACACUCUCAGGGGGUACACGCCCUCUCUUACCCUGUCACUGUCUGGACCCAGAUCCCCCAGAAAGGGAGACCCCAGGAGAGGGCCCAGUAAUAGAUCCAGUUUUAAGGACUUGUUUGGCACAGAGUUCCUAGGGAGCUGGCAGGUUUUGGGCAGAGGACCGAGAGGCCAGGGCUGACAAGUCGGGGAACCCUGAGGCACAUGGGUCAGUCUGAUCAUCUACCCUCGGGCCAUGGCCAUGCUGGCCGGCCGUGAGCUAGGACACCUGCCUGCCAGCUGGCCUGUCUGCCUUCUAGAGGCUCUGAGAUAAGGCCUAGGUCCCAGGGAUCAGAGGCAGGAAACCUCUCAGCAGGAGCGAGUGGACAGUCACUCCUCUCCAGCACUCCAAGCUGGCUGCGUGCUGGGAGAGCUCUCUUCUGCUCCCAGGGGAGGCUGGUAGGCGCUGUGGCAGCCCGCACUCAGGGUAGACUCCUAGCCUCCACACGGCGGGAGAGCACAGAGAGCAGCAUGGGUAGCCCACACAAUCUUGGCCAGGACUUUGGGAGCAGGAAGGGACGAUGAAAAGGUCCUUCUCUUUCCCCUUCCUGGUCCCAUGGGUCCCAGUGGUGAGUUGACAUCCAUGCAGGUCUGCCCCUCCUGGGGCCCACUCAAGACCUGGUUUUUGACCUACUCCCUGACACAGGGCCCACUUCUAUUGCUCCCUCAAAGAACGGCUGAGCCCUCUCUGGGGACAGAGCCAACUUGGGAGCUGGGGGUGUGUGUGACAGAGGACACCCCUAACCAAUGUUUAGGUCACGUUGAACAGGUGAGCCCUCACCCCAGCCAGGUAGAGAGGCAAACUCUAGGAGUUCCCCUGGAAUCUACUGGAAGGUUUCCUCAGCCUUCCCCCAUCUGCUCUGGUCCCUGUCAGGGUCUCAAUGGGUUCCAGAACUGGCACGCUGUGCAGGCUCUGGUUCUCUGGGCCAUGACGAGGGGUUGGGCCAGUCCCCUGGGUGGGGCCGGGAUCUAUCCUGUGAGGAGGAAGCGUUCAGGUACAGCACUGGCCAGCAGCUCCUGCAGGACUGGCCGGUGACCAGCGGGGCUGGAGGCCCUCUGGUUAGAAGCCCACCUCCCCUUCACCUGCCCGGAGCGGUGGACAGGACCCAGUGCGUGCCAACUCUCCUCGUUCCUGCUCUGGGGCCGUGGCUCCAAGGCCAUCCCUGCCCUGGCCACGGUCUGGUCCCUGGGACUCAGCCCUUUGCUUCUCUCUGCCAUCUGUAUGGGGAGAGGAGCCACACAGGAAACUGAGCUAUGGGGCACUGGCACCAUCAGGGUCUGCUGGAGGGGCUGGUGGGGAGGGCGGAAGGCACCCAGGCCUUUGAAAUGAUCAGGAGCUCUAUGGGCACCCACCUGCAUGUGAAGGGAGGGUGGUACUCCAUUUAUUUCAAUAAACACUUACGAUGUGCCAGUGA